AUGCUCCACCGACUAUGCGGCCGCUCUAUCGCUGCCCGGACUCGACAGUAUGCAAGCGCUUCAACUGCGCUCAAUUCGAACGACAAUGGACUUGGUGUCUACGAUCUUGACACCAUCUACGCGCUGUCUUCUGCGCCCGGGAAAUCAGGUGUGGCGGUCAUCCGAAUUUCCGGCGACCAGGCGGACUCGUGUCUUCAGCAGCUCAGCAUGUCCACGGCACUGCCGGGACCUCGGAUCGCUGCAAUGAGGAAGCUCUACCAUCCAAAAACGAAGGAACAUCUAGACGACGCUUUGGUGCUUCGGUUCCCACAUCCAAAGAGUUUUACAGGUGAAAACAUUGUGGAACUGCAUACACACGGAAGUGUUGCGGUCGUCGCUGGUGUAUUGGAAGCGUUGAGCCAUGUUCCUCAUUGCCGUGCUGCAGAAGCAGGAGAGUUUACGGAACGAGCUUUUGAUAACAAUAAGAUCGACUUGGUGCAAGUGGAGGGAUUAGCAGAUCUACUGAGUGCUGAGACGGAAGCUCAGCGUGGACAGGCACUUCGACAGCUUUCGGGUGAUAUUGGAGAUAUCUAUGAAGGCUGGCGCGACAGCCUUAUCAAGUGCCUGGCCUACACGGAAGCCAUGAUCGACUUUGGUGACGACGAAGACGAUGUCACAGAUGCUGCCUACGAAACUGCAGUCGGUCGUGUUCGUGCGCUUGCAGACUCGAUCCGUGGUCAUCUGGCAGACGGCAGGAGAGGAGAAAUUCUGCGCAGUGGGGUCCAGGUAGCCAUCGUUGGCCCGCCUAAUGCGGGUAAGAGCAGCUUAUUGAAUGUGCUUGCACGUCGGCCAGCAGCAAUCGUGUCAUCGAUUGCUGGAACAACACGAGAUGUUGUGCAAGUGCCUUUGAAUAUCGCUGGGUACCCUGUAAUUGUCAGCGACACUGCCGGGCUGCGCGAAACCGAAGAUCUUGUUGAGAAAGAAGGUGUUUUGAGGGCUCAGCAGUGUGCCAGUGAAGCAGACAUAUGCGUGGUUAUGGUGGACAUUCAGAAUGCCAAUCAACUCCAAAAUGAUGAAUGCCAAUUCUAUUUAAAGAGAGGUGCAAUUGCUGUGCUGAACAAGAGUGAUCAAGUGGAUGAGGAAAAGAUCAGACAGCUACUGGCAUCCUUUGACACAAAGCAACGGGAUGAGCUACUGGUUAUUUCUUGUGCAGCGGGUGACAACAUUGACGUCUUCGUGGACAAGCUUGCAACCACAGUCAAGGAAAAGUUAGAGAUCUCUGCUGGCGGCGUUACGAAUGGUGCACUGAUUACACGAGAGCGUCAUCGACAAAAUAUCGUCGAAUGUCUAACGUGUUUAGAUCGUUUCUUGGCUAAUCCUUAUCAGAGCGAAAUUGCUGCCGAAGAUCUUCGCCGAGCGGUCAUGGCGAUAGGCCGAAUCCUCGGUCGGAUCGACGUGGAAGAUGUUCUCAAUGUCCUCUUUACGGACUUUUGUAUUGGAAAAUAA